AUGGAGCCCGCCACAGACUGGGUGGAGUUCUUCUAUGGCAGCAGCCCUUUUGGCCCCCAGGCCAUGGCUACCCUGGACCUGGUCUUGGUGCGGCCGCUGGUUUGUGCUGCCGGCCUGUGCUUCUGGCUGUGGCGCUUCAAAGAGAUGCACCCCAAGCUGGUUAUCAAUAGCCUCGGUUCUCUUACCCUCUUGGCCCUCUGCUCCUCCCUGGUCGAGUUCUGGCUGGGCAGUGGCUGGGGACUGCCCUUUUUCGCCUUAGUCGGUGGCGAGAAUGCCCUGGUACCGGCAAACCUCGCCCCCUUCUGCGCCGCCUGGUUCUGGGGGACGCGCGGAGGCCUCGCCUGGUUCACGAUGACUAAGCUGGUCUUGCUCGGGUGGCCUUUGACGGGCGGGUUUGCAUUCUUUGGGGCCAUGUUCUGGAUCUUCCUUCAAUGGCUCCUGCAGGUCGGGAAUGUUCACAGCCACCUGGUGACGUUUGGCAUGUGGGUCCUGCUUGGUCUGUUGGUGCUGAUGGGGGUCCUCCCGCUCUUUCUCGAGGCGCACAAGAAGUCGCGGCAGGUCAAGGAUUUGAGUGGCAAGGACCAGCAGAUGACAAAGAGCACGCAGAGGGCCGUGCAGUCUCUGCGCCGGGGCGGUGUCCUCCUCGUGGUGAGCCCUCUACUGGCGGCAUGCAUCACCACAGAGUGGCCUUCCUUGGGCAGGCCCUUCGAAGGGCAUUUCUGGCUCAUGACCAUAGACCACUUGGUGUUGCUGAUGGCCACCCUUGUGCUCGGUGGGGUGGUUGACCCGGCAGGCUCGCAGCACCAGGACGAGGCUCUCGAAGAGUUGGGCUUCAUGGGCCACAACCAAGGCAAACGCAUUGCCUUCCCGGGACGGGUGAAUCGAAGGUCCAAGCACUGCAUCGUGAGCUUCCCGGGCAAAUAUGCAGGGGAGUGGGACGCGGCAGUGCGGAAGGUAAAGCUCCAGGAGAGGGCACCGAGCCUCGCAUGCGUCUUCCUAACGGACAAGGCUUCGGGUCUCGGGGAGCACAGCGGUCCUCCGGGCCAGUGCUGGUGCCGAUUUCUCUAUGGGCAGAUGCCGGCCUCCGCAUAUUUGAGCAUUGUGGAGGAUGCCUCCAGCCUGUCCACCGAGCAGCUCCGGUUCCGGCAGGAGGACGCAAAGGCCAUGGGCCAAUUUCUUCUGGUGCGUGACAGAGAGGAUGACGAGCAGUGGGCUGUUGCAAAGCACAACGCGCUGCGGGAGGCGGAGGAACAGUGCCAGAAGAACCAAGGCUUGGCACCCUGGGGCUGUGAGUGGUUCGCAGCGUGGAAGAAGAAUGUGGCGGAGGCAAUGUCCCUAGGGCAGACCCUUCACGUGUUCUACUUCGAAAACCGCGUGGGACAAGGCAAGCUCUCCUGGCAGGAUCUCUGCGACGAGGCCAAGCUCAGGCAAGCACGUGAAUCCAGUGGGCUCGGGGCCUCGCAGACCGCGGAGGUGGCCUAUUUGGACAACAUCGGCGCCGACUUUGUAGAACACGAUGUUACUGAUUUUUAUUCUUUCAUGGAACAGCACCGAGAAGCCACUGAGCUUCACGAUCUCCCAACGGAGACUGCGUAG